AUGCGAGGAUGUGUUUCAACGCCAGCCUUGACAAUCUUUGUCCUUUACGCUCCAAAAUCAAGCUACGGAGAGGAAGAAAUCGAAGCUUAUAUGGACCUGCAGAAUUUCUACACAGAAGAUCAUAGUUGGCGAUUUCAACGCCAAAAAGAACCAAUAGAAGAAGACUUCGAAAAGAGAAGAGCAUCAGUAUUUGCUGAACCAGCAGGAUCUCUUCAAAAGCCAAGUCCACUUGCCCCCACGACAUCUGAGGAAGAUGGCAUGGCGGACUUCGGAAGGGAGGACCAUGCAAUGACAUGUCCAUGGAAGAAGUGGAAGAUGGACAUGCCAGUACUGGGCCCUCCUUCCGAAAUGCGAGAUGCCAUCAUUUCAGUGAAAUAUCGUACUUAA